UAAAAACCGACAGAAAACACAAGAAGUAGAAGAUCUCAAAGUUUGAGUGCUCAGUCGAUGUUCAUCAUGAGAGAGCAGGUGGAUGUGAUUCACACUGGAGAACAGCAGAUGCUGCAGACACUAGUGAAGAUUGAAGUGAAGCAGGAGGAGAUAAAAGAAGAAAAUACAACAGAAGAACAACAGAAUGAUGAAGAUGAGGAUGAACAGCAGAUGCUGCAGACACCAGUGAAGAUUGAAGUGAAGCAGGAGGAGAUAAAAGAAGAAACCACAGCAGAGGAACAACAGAGUGAUGAAGAUGAUGAUGAACAGCAGAUGCUGCAGAUACCAGUGAAGAUUGAAGUGAAGCAGGAGGAGAUAAAAGAAGAAACCACAACAGAGGAACAACAGAGUGAUGAAGAUGAUGAUGAACAGCAGAUGCUGCAGACACCAGUGAAGAUUGAAGUGAAGCAGGAGGAGAUAAAAGAAGAAAACACAGCAGAGGAACAACAGAGUGAUGAAGAUGAUAAUGAAGGACAGAUGCUGCAGAUACCAGUGAAGAUGUGUUCAGUGAAGCUGCUGGACUGCAGGAACCUGAUGAAGAUGAGAGGAGAAAACACAGCAGAGGAAGAACAGAGUGAUGAAGAUGAUGAUGAUUUUAUUCCUGCAGAGCUGAUGCAAGUGAGAGAGGAACGUGAAGGACUGAACGAAGUGGAGGAGGAACAGCAUGAUUUCAUAACUGGAGAAAAAUCUUUGAGUGACUUAAACACUGAAAAUAAUUUCUCACCUAAAAAGCCUCAAAGAAGAGCAGACAAGAAGUCUUUCACCUGCUCUCAGUUUGGAAAAUGUUUCACACGUAAAAUAGAUCUUAAUAAACACAUGAGAGUUCACACUGGAGAGAGACCUUACAUGUGCCAUCAGUGUGGAAAAGGCUUUAAACGUAAAGAACAUCUUAAUAACCACACAGUAAUUCACACAGGAGAGAAGCCUUUCUUGUGUCAUCAGUGUGGGAAAAGUUUUGCAUAUGUAAAAGAUUUCAAGAAUCAUCUUCGCUGUCACUCUGGAGAAAAGCCAUUUGAAUGUGAUAAGUGUGGUAAAACAUUUGUUUUGAAUUCAAUCCUAAAACAACAUCUGAAAACUCACACUAAUGAGAAGCCUUACAAGUGUUCUUUUUGUGGAAAGAGUUUUACACGCCUGGACUAUUUUAAAGAGCACCAGAAUAUGCAUACCGGUGUGGGGGCUCAUAUGUGCUUUGAAUGUGGGAAGACCUUUAUUACAGCCGGCAACUUGAAACUGCACCAAAGAAUUCAUACUGGAGAAAAACCAUACAAGUGCUCACACUGUGGAAAGAGUUACCCUUAUUCAAAUUGCCUGAAAAUACACGAGAGAAUUCAUACUGGAGUGAAACCUUACAAGUGCUCACAAUGUGGAAAGAGUUUCACUCGGUCACAUGACCUGAAAACACACGAGAGAAUUCAUACUGGAGAAAAACCUUACAAGUGCUUACAAUGUGGAAAGAGUUUCACACAGUCAGAACACCUGAAAACACAUGAGAGAACUCAUACUGGAGAGAAACCUUACAAGUGCUCGCACUGUGAAAAGAGUUUCACUCAGUCACAAAACCUGAAAAAACACGAGAGAAUUCAUACUGGAGAGAAACCAUACCACUGCUCUUCAUGAGGGAAAAGUUUCAUCUCAGCAAGUACUUCUAUAUAAACAUGUAAAAAGAAGUCACAGCUAGAGGUCGAUUGAUAUGGAUUUUUCAAUGACUGAUGCUAAAAAGCUGAAGAGCAGGUUGGCUAAUGACCGAUAUAAAAUUCAGGGCAAGACAGUCAUACUUUUUUUUUUUCUCUCCCAUUUAUCCCCAAUUUGGAAUUCCCAAUUCCCAAUGCACUCUAAGUCCUAGUAGUAGUGACUCGCCUCAAUCCGGGUGGUGAAGGAUGAAUCUCAGUUGCCUCUGCAUCUGAGACCGUCAGUCCGCUCAUCAUGUGGCUUGUUGAGUGCAUUACCGCGGAGACAGUGCGUGUGGAGGCCCAUGCUUUUCUCUGCGGCAUCAAUGCACAACUCGCCACGCGCCCCACAGAGAGUGAGAACCACACAUUAUAGCGACCACAAGGAGGUUACCCCUUGUGACUCUACCCUCCCUAGAAACUGGGCCAAUUUGGUUGCUUAGGAGACCUGGAUGGAGUCGCUCAGCACACCCUGGAUUCGAACUCGCGACUCCAGGGGUGGUAGUUAGCGUCAAUACUCGCUGAGCUACCCAGGCCCCCCAAGAUAGUCAUACUUUGGGACAAAGCAGGAAAACUUCUGGCUAGAUAUAUAAAGCAGAGAUAGUCUUUUUCUACCAUUCCUUCAGUGAAAUCUGCUGGUGGUGAAAUAUUUGCCAUGGCCAUUGAUAUUAAUAAUGCUUUUAAAGAAUUCUAUCUUGAUCUUUAUAGUUCCACAUCUUCAUCUACUGAAGAGGAUAUAAGACAUUUUGUGGAACCAUUAGAUCUUCCUAAACUGACGACUAAGCAAAAAAAUUAUCUUGAUUCUGAGAUAACCUUGGAGGAGCUUGGUGAGGUAAUUAAGGCCUUGCCUACAGGCAAGGCUCCGGGGCCAAAUGGGUUUGCCGCUACAUUUUUUUUAGAUCUUAUGCUACCUAACUGGUUCCACUCUUGCUAGAAAUUUAUACGGAAUCAUUAAAAAAUGGAAACUUCAACCAUGACGCAAGCCCGGAUCAGUCUGAUUCUUAAAAAGGACAAAGAUCCAAGCGAGCGUAAGAGUUACCGGCAAUUUCACUGAUCCAGCUAGAUGUUAAAAUAUUGUCAAAAAUUUUGGCUAACCGAUUAAGUUAUGACAUCUUUUAUACAUAUAGAUCAGGUGGGGUUUAUUCGUGGCCGCAGCUCUUCUGAUAACAUUAGGCAUUUCAUCAAUAUUAUGUGGUCAGUGGCGAAUGAUCAGUCUCCGGUCACUGCCAUCUCACUUCAAGCCGAAAAGAUAUUUGAUAUGGUAGAAUGGGAUUAUCUUUUUAAGAUUUUGGAAAUGUACGGGUUCGGGAAUACUUUUAUGGGUGGAUUAAGUUACUUAAUAGACACCCGGUAGCGGCGGUUCAAACAAAUGGAUUAAUUUCAGAUUAUUUUACUCUGGAUAGGGGUACUCGGCAGGGUUGCCCUCUUUCCCCAUUAUUGUUCUGUCUUGCCCUGGAACCAUUAGCGCCCGCGGUAAGAAAGGAGGAUGAUUUUCCAGGGGUGAUGGCUGGAGGUAUGGUGCAUAAGCUUUUGCAUUACACAGAUGAUAUUUUAUUAUUCGUCUCCGACCCCAUUAGACCUAUGCCUUGCCUCCACAGAAUUAUUAAUUCCUUUUAUAAGUUUUCAGGAUACAGAGUCAAUUGGUCUAAAUCCGAAGCUUUGGCUCACAUCACCAGAACAUAUUGCUGGUCAGGUGGGGUUGAAUAAUUUUGAUUGCAACUGUAUAUAUAUAUAUUUUUUCUGAACCAAAUAUUUUGAUGUCUUUGCUUUUGACUAAAAAGUCUUUCUUGUACUGAAAUAGUCAAAUUCUUUAAAGCUUAAAGGUGCUGUAAGCGAUUAAAGCCAUUGUGGAAAUUCCACAAAACUGAGCUGUUGAAUUAGACUCUUUCCGAAACCACACCCACCAAAGAUACCUUUAUCAUGAACUAGCAGAAAAUCAGCAUGGCGUUUUCUACACACAUACAAAACACAAUCUGACAUCCAUACCAACACACACAAUUUAAGCUGCAUCAUUUAUUCAGUUGGCCUGCAGUGCUCUAUAAUACAGCAAACAGAAAAUAGGGGAAAAGCAUGUAUUUGCUCCAUAGGCUAAACAUGAGAAAAAUGGCACCAUCUGGUGGAAAAUAUUAAACAUUUUGAAGCCAGGGCUCCGGAAAUGAAAGCAUAAUAUUAUAGAAUUCAUGAUUUUAUGCUUUAAUGGCACUGGGUUAAAUGCAUCUUUAGCGUUAUCACAAAUAGAUCUAUAAUUUGCCCAGAUAGCAUUAAAUGUAAAACCAUUUUAAUGACAAUUAAAUCAAAAAUAUUUUGUUCAAUUUUAUAUUUGUCUUGCCCUCUGUAUGUUUACAUACUGUCUGAUGUCACUAUUAAAGGUCAUCCUUCA